AUGGAGAAGUUCUCACAAUUUCGGGACAAGGGCUCAGGCAUAGCGCCAUUCCUACCUAUACCGACCGAGCCUGCAGGAAUCUACUUGCCCUUCCACAUCUUUCUCUACGUCUGCCGGGUACCGUUACUGCUCUUCUUCAGCAUAGCAUACUUCGCCUUUCUGCAAUUCCUGCCGUUUGGGGUGAUAGGCAGAAAGGGGCCGCUAUGGUGCAUACUAGGCAUACCAGGCAUAUGGUGGAUUGAUCUGGCGAUUGAUGGGGUGAAGAAAGGAUCGCUUGCACAACACUCCGCGAGACUCCCAAAGCCAGGCUCUAUCAUCGCCGCAUCAUACAACAGUCCCAUUGAUGCGUUAUACUUGGCCGCUAUCUUCGACCCGAUCUACGCCGCCUGCUACCCCAAUACGAGACAGGUUCAGCCACUGACCCUCUUCCAAGCAACACUGCGUGCUUUCGCUUCUCCAGCAUCGCAGCAAAAGCCGUCAGCGAGCGCAACACUGGUGGACCUGUCGACCUACGUUGCGCAGAACCCUAGCCGUAUCCUGGUGCUGUUCCCAGAAUCCACCACCAGCAACGGCCGUGGCGUCUUGCCACUUUCUCCAGCACUCUUGAGCACGACAUCAAAGACGAAAAUCCACCCGGUGCACAUGCGCUACACGCCAGCUGACAUUACGACGCCGAUUCCACACUCAUAUGGCACAUUUCUCUGGAAUCUAUGCUCCAAGCCUACGCACUGCAUACGCAUUAGGAUCGCAGAGGCAGUGCAGAAUACGGCGUCGAACGCGGCGGUAUCAGCAAAAGCAAGUGCCAUUGAAUCAUUGGCGGACUCCGCUUCGGAAGCCGAGACUCUCGUCGGCAGUGAAGACUCUGAGGGCGUGCAGACGAGGGAGGAGAGGGCGUUUCUGGACAAAAUUGCGGAAGCGUUGGCGAGGCUGGGAAGGGUAAAACGAGUUGGGUUGGGCGUUAAGGACAAGGAGGACUUCAUCAGAAUGUGGAGUAAUAAGCGACAUUGA